AUGCAUAAGGCUUCGACGUGUGGAAGAUUUCACGGAUCCCAUGGAACCAGGAGGCCCCGUACUGCGCGUUCUACGCUGGCCGUUCUUGGCAGAGGCAGCGCUGUGGCAGCUACUGCUGUUGCCGUCGUGAGUGUAGCUGGAUGGGCUGUGCAGCAGAUGUUUCCGGAGCGAUCUCGAACAUGGCCUGUGCUGCGCUGUGCGAAUGCGGCUGCUGCGCUUGCUGCCCUGAGCGUAGACUACAAAUUGUUGGGAUGGUGGGACAUGCGUGCCUGCCACAGGAGGAGUGCGCGUCGCCUCGUGAAGCUGGCGGAAAGAAACCGUGGAGUGUACGUGAAGCUGGGUCAGCAUGCAAGUGCCAUGGAAUAUCUGCUGCCGGUGGAGUACACCCAGCAGUUGCAGCAGCUGCAGCGCAACAUGCCUCCUUCCUCUAUGGCGCAAGUUGAGGAAGUCCUCAAACAGGAGCUCAAGCUCGACCGGCUGGAUGCGGUAUUUCAAGAAUUCGAAGAGGCUCCUGUGGGUGCCGCCUCACUAGCUCAGGUACACUACGCAGUGCUGACAAACGGCGAGCCCGUUGCUGUCAAAGUGCAACACGCGGAUGUGCGGGCGCUCGCCGAGGCAGACACCCGAGUUGUAGAGAUCCUCACAAAGGUGGCGUCCAGGAUCUUUCCAGAAGUCAGGUUCGAGUGGCUUGUCGAGUUGCUUCGGGAAAACCUUCCGGCUGAGCUGGAUUUUAGGAAGGAGGCGGCAAAUGCUCGGAGGUGCCGCCUGCUAUUGCAGGAAGGUUCUUCUACCUUUGAAUUCUCGCUGCCCCGAGCAUCAGUGGUCCGCUCAGUGCUCACCCAACUUGCAGCUUGGGCAGUAUCUCGUCUGUGGCUUUUGGAUCCGCAAAAGGAUGCCUCCAAGGAGAAGACUGGAAAAGUGCCGCCGAAGGGUAAAGGCUCUACCCGAGCGGUGUUAUUCUCUUCUCCAGACGCUGAGUCGCACGCAACGGCAUCACUGCAAAGCCACCAGAGGCCCCUUUCACCCACCGCCGAAACGCAGCAUCCGGAAGGCGCUACCCCACAAGCUCCCGUCUCGCAUUACGAGGUGGAGUUGUACGUUCCCCGCGUCUACAACAACUUGACAACCUCCAGAGUACUGGUGAUGGAGCGCUGCGAAGGGGUCCCUGUAGACGACCUCCGAGGUCUUGUGGCGCAAGGAAUACAUCCACUGGCAGUCUCGGCUGCCUUGUCUGAGCUCUACGGUCGAUUGAUCUUCGACCUUGGAUUUGUGCAUGCUGACCCGCAUCCUGGGAACGUCAUUGUGCAUCUUGAAGGGUGCCCCCUUCAGAACAAGGACGCUGAACAACAGCGGCGAUCACUGCGGCUUUUGCUGCCCUCCCUCACCAGGGGGGGGGCAUCAGCUUUCUCGCAAAAUAUAAACUCGAGGCCACGGGGAGACAUUGGAGCCGUGACAGCUUGCGCCAAUGAGUUUGGCGUUAGCAAACUGGCGGGCUUGCUGGCCGUUAUUCUCAGCUUAAGGAGCGAGGAGAGUAUCAAUUCAGGCCUGCAGCUUUCGCGGAAGUCACCCGAGUAA